CCGACUGGCUCGCAUACUGUAGUAUACAAACGGGCAUACAUAUAUGUAUAUGUUCUGUAUUGGUUGAGAAACUCUGUGUGUAUACUCAUCUUGUUCGAUCUUCUCUCUCAGCUACCUCUCGUAUCCUCCAUAAUGUCAGACCACAACUCUGAAGAAGCCAACCAAAUCGAGAACCUCUACGAGUUCGGCGAGCGUCUGAACGAGUCCAAGGACAAGUCUCAGAGUGUUACAGAUUACGAGGGUAUAAUCGAGCUGUCGAAGACGAGCAUCAAGGCCAAGCAGCUUGGGGCGCAGCUUAUUCCACGCUACUUCAAGUUCUUUCCGAGUCUUUCCACCAAGGCCUUCGAUGCACAUGUGGAUUACCUUGAGGAAGAGGAUCUCGGGGUGCGGGUUCAAGCCAUACGUGGACUUCCGCUGUUCUGCAAGGAUACGCCAGAAUUUAUCUCUAAGAUUGUUGAUGUUCUUGCCCAAAUCUUUUUGACUUGUGAGGACUCUGUGGAGCGUGAUGCCGUGCAUAAGGCUCUUAUGUCAUUGUUGAGGCAGGAUGCGAAAGCAUCUUUGAGUGCAUUGUUCAAGUGGGUUGGGACUGCUGAUGAACCGGCUACUGACGAUGCAAUUCGUGAAAAGGUCCUAACCUUCAUUAGAGAUAAGGUAUUUCCUCUUAAAGGGGAACUCUUAAGGCCUCAAGAGGAAAUGGAAAGGCAUAUGACUAAUUUAAUUAAGAAGAGCCUAGCUGACGUAACUGGAGGAGAAUUUAAGAUGUUUAUGGAUUUCUUGACAAGUUUGAGUAUAUUUGGGGUGAAAGCUCCUACUGAAAGAAUGAAAGAGCUCGUAGAAAUUAUUGAAGGGCAGGCUGAUUUGGAUGCACAAUUUAAUGUUGAAGAUACAGACCAUAUUGACAGGUUGAUAUCGUGCCUGCACAUGGCGCUUCCAUUCUUUGCGAGAGGUGCCCCAGGGAGCAAGUUCCUUAGCUACUUGAACAAGCACAUUAUGCCUGUUUUUGACAAGCUCCCGGAAGAGAGGAAGCUUGAUUUGCUCAAAGCUCUUGCCGAUAUUUCGCCUUACACAACAGCUCAAGAGGCACGACAGAUUCUUCCUUCAAUAGUUCAGCUUUUAAAGAGAUACAUGCCGGCUAGGAAGACUGGAGAGGAAAUGAACUUCACGUAUGUGGAGUGCUUGUUGUAUGCAUUUCAUCACUUGGCCCACAAGGUCCCGAAUGCUACAAACAGCUUGUGUGGGUAUAAGAUAGUGACCGGGCAGCCAUCUGAUAGGCUUGGGGAGGAUUUCUCGGAGUUUUACAAGGACUUCACUGAGAGGUUGACCAAUGCCGAGGAUCUGACGAAGGCGACAAUGAAGAAAUUAACUCAGGGAAUGUCUGAGAACAACAAAGCCACGUCAGCUGCCAAGACCGAUGAAGAGAAGGAAAGCAUUAAAACGAAGAGGCAGAAUACCACCGCUGGACUUAGGACCUGUAAUAACAUAUUGGCAAUGACAAAGGCGUUGCAUGCAAAAGCACCUUCCUUCAUUGGGGAUAAUAAAAGCGUCAACCUUUCAUGGAAAGAAGCCGUAAAACAACCUCUGGCCACUGCUGCGACAGCCGGGGGAAAGCGAGCUGCGGGUGAAGGAGCGGGAAAUGUGGGGUGGAAGAAGGGGCGUGGCUCGGGUGGAAUGCACAACAAUGGACGCGGCAGGGGACGGGGAAGAGGCUACUGGGUGUGAAAGGAACUCUUUUCUGUGAACUGACCAGAGAGGUGGGGAUUUCAUCUCAUGGGACUUGAAUAUUUCCUUCUUUGAAAAUGUUUUUCAGUUUAAAUCCAAUACAGCUAAGGGUUAUCCGA